ACACGCGGAAAUAGGAACCACGAUAAGUCGACGAGCCCAAUCAAUUACGCGUUGCUAGGCAACCCGCGAUCAAAGUAUAACGUACAGGUGCAUCAAAAGCGGCUUGGUAGCAGAAUAAUGUUUAUAACACGCAUGUUGUAAACAGCAGUAGGGUCGGACCAUUCACAUAACCCUGAACUCGAUACUGAGUGCCGUCGCAUAGCAUUUAUCACCAUUUCAGCAUAAAACCAGGAGCAAUAUAUAAAAAUGCCCGACUCUGCAGCAAAGAAGACAAAAAAGCAACCCCGUGGCCCACCGACACCUUCUGUCGAACAAUUGGAAGAGUUGGAGAAGAAUUUCUUAUUAGAUUGCAUCGCAAUUGACACGAUAGCCAAAGAUUAUUCCAUGGCACAGCCGAAACUUGGACCAGCUAUCCCGGGGUAUAAUUCACAAAAGGACAAACAUGUUGAUUUAUAUUUCACAAGAGCUCAAGUUAGCACGACACUGAGGAAGACGGAACAGGACAAAGGAGGCACAUCAAUUGAUGGACCAGUCAUCGACCGAUUCAUUGAGUCGGGAGCAGGGUAUAAGUACCUCCACGCACGUAACCAAGCACCUGGAGCUGCCAAAGCUGGACACUGUAAAGACCAAGUAAAUGGUCACGCCCAAUUCCUCCAAGAUGCCAAACCCAUCUUUGGUUACCAUGGUGAAUAUGGAUACAGGAGAAACAGUCCAUGGCUGAGGAAGAUGCCUUCUCCCUUUGGUGUCGACAUUAGAUCCCCAACUCAUUGAAAAAUGUAGUAUUGAAGAGGCCCAUUUUCAUUAUCCCACCUAGCAUCCUUUACAGUCAUCAAGUGAAUUCCAAGCCUGAGAAAUUUGAGUAUGAUAAUAGGCAAUAUGGGUUUUUGUUGCAGGUUGUAGAGUCUUCGGAAUGGAAAAAUAAUAUAGUGUGUUUUACUGGAUAUAUUUAAUAAUUGUUUUAUAUAUAAAACACCUUCUCAAGCAUAGAAUGGUCUGAAAAUUCUAGGAUAUAAAAUCUUGUCAGUAGCUUUCUAAUAUCCAAUUUCUAAAUAAGUGCUCAAGCAGCUACUAAAAUAGAAACCUUACAGAGAGGUUGCUAGAUUUAAAUCUAAAUCUUAACAGCUGGUAAAAAAAAAUGUCAUAUUUAAAUUCUAAUGGGGGAAAAUGCAUUCGACGACUAUUACGCUUUUGCAACAUUGUUAUAUUCUGAAACCGAGUAUAGAUCAUAUUACUGACCUUUACCAAAGCGAAAAGACAGACUGAUUAGAAAAUUACUUUUCUAAGAAAAUCAAAGGGUAUAUCUUUUAAGCCUAGUGUAGAUUACUACGCUGUACCAUAUGAUUAAAAAGUCAGUUGGACCUGGUAGAAUUGUUUUUUAUUUAGCCCUCCCUUUUCUUGUAAGUAUGUAAUCCAUUUCUUCCAACAUGGUGAUUAAGCUCCUAAGUGCAUGUGUGUGUAUUAAAUUGUCAUACGAGUAAGGAAUUAUUGUAGUAGCAUAUGUACUCGUGUAGCGAUAAAGCUCGACAUAUGAUUUUGUUGUUGCCAUUUUAUGUGCUGUUGAUUAUUGUUGUAUACAUGUAAUGAACAUAUGUACCAGUAUUGUUUUGUUAUUUAUUGUAGUUUAAAAUAACGAUCAAGCGGGUCUUGAUUGUGAUGAUUGCAUUAAUACUAUUAUAAAAUAAGAAGCAUCAUGUUAUUGUGAUGGAUUUACUAUAAAAUAGGUGACAUGACAUUUUCUCUGGUCUUAAUAUCUCAGAGCUUAGGGUUAGAGUUGGGAGUUUGUGGUUCAGAAUAGUGCAAACGUAAAGAUAAGGUUUUAUUUAGUUUACAGAGCUGCCAAGUUGUAUUUUGCAUUUUCAGUAUUCUUAUCUCCCAAAAUCAGUAUUUUGACAUAAAAAAUCAGUAUUUUUACCGUGUGAGAUAAAUAUUUUGUAUUUUUCCCCAAAAAAGUGUAUUUCAUAAUAAAAUGCUUGGCGCACUUGCCCAUCACGGCGCUCAAGCUGCAUGCAAGCUAAAAUGUGCACUGCUCUUGCAGAUGAAAAAAAAAAAACAUUGAAACUUGUGUAUAUCUCACCCUGGUUUUUACAAAAUAAUUGAAAAAAAAACAAGUUACCUGAAAUUACAUUGAUCUAAUAACCAUAUUUGUGUACGUUUCAUGAAAUAGAGACAUAUAGAGAUGAUUUUUCUCAAUAAAUUUCGAUUUUGUAAAAAAAAAAAAAAAAAAAAAAAAAAAAAAAUUUUGGUUGCAAAAACGUACUAAAUACGGAAAAAUCGUACUACUUGGCAGCUCUGAGUUUAGGAGUUAAAGAUUUUAGGUUUGGUUUAACACACAGAUUUUCCACCGGAGCAAAUGUCAUGGAACCAGAAAUUAUGAGGAUUUGAGUGAUUUUUUUUUUCAACUUACAGGGGAAGUUCAGAACUUAUCACAAUAUAAACUUCCCCUUUAAUAAUUGCAUUCGAUUUUCAACACUAUAAAUUUGCCUUCAAUAUGUUGUUGAUUCUGUGUUUGAUUUUUCAAAUAAUGCACUAAAUCAUUCCUACAUUAAAUAAAAGUAAAAUUCUUUGAGACGAAAAUCAGACAGUGCAUUUUGUCAAAAGCUCAACCCCCUCGUUUCUUUGUGAGGCUGAUAAUUCAAAUAAAACAAAGUGUGUGUGUUGUUGUUGUUUUUUCCUUUGCCGAAUCUUAUUUUAUUUUCAUACUCCCAAAUAAAAACAAUAACAAAUACAAA